AUGGUACCAGGCAAUGAUACAGGAAUUUUACAAUUUAUUCUGCUGGGAUUUUCAGAGGAACCAGAACUGCAGACCCUCAUAUUUGGGGUUUUCCUCUCCAUGUACCUGAUCACAGUGUUUGGAAACCUGCUCAUCAUGUUAGCUGUCAGCUCAGACUCCUACCUCCACACACCUAUGUACUUUUUCCUCUCCAACCUGUCCUUUGUAGACAUCUGUCUCACCUCCACCACCAUCCCAAAGAUGCUGUGGAACAUCCAGACUCACAGCAAUAGUAUCACCUAUGAAGGCUGCAUCAUGCAGAUGUAUUUUUUCUUAUUAUUUGGAGAAUUGGACAUCUUCCUCCUGACAAUGAUGGCCUAUGACCGGUUUGUGGCCAUCUGCCACCCCCUGCAUUACACAGUCAUCAUGAAUACCCAGCUCUGUGGACUACUGGUUGUGGUAUCUUAUAUUAUGAGUUUCCUGUAUUCCUUGUUACAAAGUUUACUGGUGACGCAGCUGAUCUUCUGUCCAGGCAUGGAAAUACCCCACUUUUUCUGUGAAUUCAAAGAGGUUAUCCAACUUGCCUGUUCUGACACUUUUCUUAAUAACACUAUGAUGUAUUUUGCAGUUGGGCUCUUUGGUGGUGGUCCAUUCACUGGGAUAUGUUACUCAUACUCUAAGAUUAUUUCCACCAUACGAAGAACCUCAUCAGCUCAGGGGAAGUAUAAAGCAUUUUCCACCUGUGCAUCACAUCUCUCUGUUGUCUCCUUAUUUUAUUGUACAGGCAUAGGAGUGUACCUUAGCUCUGCUGCUACUUACAGCUCACGCUCAAGUGCAAUAGCCUCCAUGAUGUACACUGUGGUCACACCCAUGCUGAAUCCCUUCAUCUACAGUCUCAGGAAUAAAGACAUAAAGAGGGCUCUUAGAAAAUUCUUUGGGAUGGUGGCUAUAAAAGGGCCAAUUGUCCUGAGACUGAAGAAGUGGCAGUUAUUGCUGGGAUUAAAACAUUAG